AAGUAUUCAGCUGUGAUACGUCGCCACAGAUCUAUAUCAAAUGUUUCUAGCAAGUGAAUGUCUAUUACUUUCAACUUCCAUCUCAGUGACCCCUUGACCAGAUGAUGUUUAUUUACAAACUAAUUCUUACAAAGCAUAGUUCACUUUGGUCACCUCGUGCUGGAAUCCACAAUGCUGCACAGAUAUCCACUGAGUCCAAUCAUCCAGAGAUAUUGAUUUUGAUCACAUUGUACUGGGGAGUCAAUGAAACCAGUCAAAAUACUGAUUCGAAUCGCCAUUGCUGCUGAUUUACAUCAUCUGAUAACCAAUCAGAGCACACAAUUCUACGGAUUCGAGUUACUUAUUAUUGAUUCACACUAUCUGAUCAUUUUGGGGUUUCUGAUGGUGUUUGUUUGUUUUUUUUUACCAUCGAUAUGUUCUUCCUUGUUUUGUUACGAAAUCUGGUCUACUCAUGUGAAACUGUGACAACAUGAAGCUAGUAUGACAAUAAUUGUAGAUUAAAAGUUCGACUUGUUAAAAUUUUGUUUUACAAAACAAAUCAAGAUCUAUGACGGGAUGUUGUUAAAAGAAGGUUAAAGGUUCAAUGGCCAAUAACUCUGAUGAUCUUAUCAAUCAAACACACACUUUAUCACUGAACAUAUUUAAUGGCUUCUUUAAUGUCACCCACAUCCCUUUGGCUAAUAUAUCAGUGUACAGGCCCAAUGGUCAAGCCAACAACAGUUGGGACAUCUCCAUGUCCAGCCAUGUUGAUCUACACCACAUACCAAAAUAUGGGGAGCCUGUGAUGGUCAUUAUUUGCCUCCUCUUGGGCAGCAUGAUACUAGCCAUCAUCUUAGGGAAUAUCUUCGUCAUCACAGCUAUCCUCGUGGAGCGGUCCCUUCACGGAGUUUCCAAUUACCUCAUCCUCUCCCUCGCCACUACCGAUCUGCUGGUGGCCGUCCUGGUCAUGCCGGUCAGCCUAAUCAACGAAGUCAGCGUCAAAUGGUUUCUUGGCGCGGCCCUCUGUGACAUGUGGGUCUCGAUGGAUGUUCUCUGUUGCACGGCCUCCAUCCUCCACCUCGUGGCAAUCGCCUUCGACCGUUACUGGGCAGUGUCCAAUAUCGAUUAUAUCCGCAGCAGAAGUGCGAAACAAAUUCUGUUUAUGGUGGCUGUGGUAUGGAUGGUAUCGAUAUGCAUAUCGAUCCCUCCAUUGUUUGGUUGGCGACACAACACAGACGGGCCUGACUUUUCGGGUCAGUGUCUAAUAUCUCAAGACUAUGGUUACACUAUAUUCUCCACUCUGGGUGCUUUCUAUUGUCCGCUGGUUCUAAUGUUAAUUAUUAAUUUUAAAAUCUACAGAGCUGCGAGGUAUCGUAUUCGUAAAAAAAGAUUUGUUGGGCGGACGACGAAGUAUCACGUUCCUCUGCCCAUCGUCACCAUGGAAACAUCUCAGAGGUUAACCGCCAGAAAUUCGUCUGGCAGUGACGUCAGUCAAGACGGUGUAAGUACCAAUGCUAAUGACGUCACACGGCUGGACAUGGAGUCGCCCCUAGAUGAGCCCGAAACUGGACAGCCGGUGUCCGACUACGAAGCUAACCUGACUCGAGUGGUCCACACUACACUAACAGUUCCGGCCAACAUGGUCCACUUGAGUGUGACGCGAUCCAAUGUACUCUCCAACAACAACGUCAGCAAACGUGUCCGGAGAGGGGGGGACAAGGAGAGGUACAGGAGGGAAAAGAUGGAGAUGAGGAGAGAGAGGAAGGCUGCCAGAGUGCUGGGAAUUAUUACAGGGGCCUUCGUUGUCUGCUGGCUACCUUUCUUCAUCCUGGCAGUGUUGAACCCUUUAUGUGGCACUAUGUGUAGCAUCCCUUCCUACGUGGUCAGUCUGUCCUUGUGGCUGGGCUACUUCAACAGUCUCAUCAACCCAAUUAUUUACACCAUUUUCAACCCAAGUUUUCGCUGUGCAUUUAACAAAAUAUUUCUACGAAAGUUUAAAUCUGUUCAUAGAUAUGCUUAAAACUUUAAGGAGUUACUGAUUUUUCAAAGACAUUGUCGUCAUCAAAAUUAAUUUCAUGAUUCAAUAAUUGACAAGUAUGUGUGCGUGUGUGUGCAUGGAGAGUGAUGUUGAAAAAAAAAUCACAACCAUCUAUCAGGAUGACGACAGUACUAGCACAUUCCAUUCUUCUGUCACGUCUGCCAGGUCAAGGACAAUCAUGGUAGGCCUAACUGCCGGAAGAUAAUAGGCGAGAUAGGACAAAGUUUCACGUCUGCCACUACAGAUAUUGAAAAGAGAAACAUUCCUGCCUCCAGACAGUAUUUAACUUAAUCAGCUGUAAAAAUGUUUAUUUCAAUUGAAGGCAUCCUGUUAGAGUUGUUUUCUACUUUUCAUGUCAUAUGUAUUAAACCUCUACAAAUCUAAAAUAACUUCUGGUCACUGAACUUAUUUAGUUAAGACAUCGUCUCCUGAAAGUCAGGACAACCACUUCAGAUGAUUUGCAUUGAUAUAAAAAAAAAAUUCUUAGAAUGUUUAAAAUGUUAGAAUUUAAGAAUAUUUUAAGUUGAAGAAAAAAAUCUAUCCGACAAAGUAUUGUAUCUAUGUCAAUACCUAUGUGCGAAAAUAGAUGUCCAUCCAAUGGCUAUAGAUUCAUUCCAACUACUGCUUGGUCAUCAUGACCUAGUCUUAAGAGAGGAAGCAUAUGUAACAAGGCAAAUCUUGAUGAGGGGUGGAAUCUAAUGUACUACUAAGACAACACCGAGUUUUUAUAUCCAAUAACUUAGUUGGGUGGUAAUAAUCUGGACAAUCAAAUAUUUCUACAACAGCUCUAGGAAAAGAGUGAAAGCAGCCCAAGUACCCGGACACAUAGUAGGCUAACCCAGUCACUGCUUCAUACACUCACUGAUUCAUUAGGAUUAUUUUAUUUUCCUCUUUCAAUGAAACAUAAAAUG